GCAAAUAUAACAUGCUUUUAGAUUCAUUAAUAUUUAAUGCAUUUAUAUUAAAACUCGUUGGGGUUUCCACAAAAAUUCUUCACGAGGGCCUCCGCUUACUAAAAUCCGGCACUGGGUCUGAGACUAUAAUCCAAAUGGAUCUAACAUGAAAAAGAUUUUGUCGUUUUUUACGACAACCUGUCCAGCAGUUUUUAUUUCUUACUCUAAAAUGUGUAUGUGUGUGUGACAGUGAAGGUGUAACUAGAUUAAGAUAUACGGAAGAAUCAUGAUUUGGAACUGUUUCUUAUUGGUUUUUUAAGUUAGUCGAUAGUGAAUGUUUGUAUUAUAUAAUUAACAACUUUGCAAAAAUUACUGACACAUGAGCCGACAGGUGAAAGUUUUUAUAUUUUCUCGGAAUUCGAAAUUUCGGUUAAAGUCCAACUUUUAUCUUCUGUAAAGUAAGAUGGGGGCUUGGAAGACGUGAAAUAUUUGGUAUAAUUUAUCUUAAGUGAACUUGUGAUAGUGAGAGCAUUGAAGAGGUGGUCUCAAACAAGCACGGGAAAUUUUACAAAGCUUACAUCAACUCACUCUGUCUGUCUGUCAAGUGUAUGUUUAGUAAAAAGUCUGUACACGUUAUUUCUCCCACACCCAAUCUCGGAUCAAGCUGAAAUUUUCCAUAAUUAUUUCUUUGACCUGAAAAAACAAUAAUCAAUAAAAAAAAAACAAUUAGUUAUGUAUCUUUUUGGUAAUUAAUUAUAUUGUUUGGUAUCUCACAAAAAGGGAAAGAAAUUGUACUUGACUGAUGUGGUGUCAUAAGUUGAAGUAGCCCCCUUUAUACUUUGUAGGUCGCCGCUUUAAAUUUUGAAUCUAACAACAGAUAACUAUACAAAUCUUCUAUUUUCGUAAGUGAUUUGCUGGCACAGUGGUUACUGUAUUGGCUUGAGAAGGCUGAAGAGUCUUUAGCGCUCGAGUUCGAAUUCAGGUCAUUCACCGUUUGUUUUUCCUUAUAAAUGCAUUCCCAUUCUGUGUGAGAUACGGUAAAGAAAUAGAGCACAGGGACACAUAGUCAGAUCCUUUGAAUUAGUUCCACUCAAAUCGUAACAAGGACGUUAGCAUGUCCGCAUUAGGGCCUGCAAUAUUUAAUAAAGUUGAAUGCAAUAGUUUCACUGUGAUUCCACAUCUAGUCAUCCCCCAACUAUUUAAUUACUCCAGGAAUGGCUACUUUAUCAAAACCUACCAGUACUUUUAGUGAUAAACACUGUAUCGAGUAAUAAACACUGUAUCGAAGGCAUGAAUCAAUUAAUCCCAGUGGAAUACGUAAACAGGUUUAGAUCUGACAGCCAGGCCUAAUGAUAGUAAUUACUAAAGUGGGGGGUAUAUACUUUCUUGCUUUAGUCUAUUUGGUCAAAUCAGUGACCCAAGUUUAAAAAAAAAAAAGAAAGCCUGAUUUAUAUGCAUGCCACUAAAAGGCUAAGACGCGGAAGAGGAGACAGCGUUGAUGUCAAAGACAGACCUUGUAUAUGACAACAGUGGAAAGUGUGGCGGGCCAAGGUAAGGUUAUAGCUAUGAACUAGAUGUAGUCUUCUGCUAACUCUAUCACUUUUCAGUUUGUUUGUGUUUAGGGACAUUGGUACUUUCAAAUAACAAGAUUAAACGCUGACUGGUGUCAAUUCUCCUCGCUGAGUCGUACAUCCUUUUUUCUUUUCGUAGAUUGUCGAGGCGUGGAGCUGUCUCGUUUCCAAGGAAGGAUACCAAUGCCAUCUACAUACGUACGUUAGGUGAUGUCAAACUGCGUCCAACAUCGAAGGGAGAGAAGAAAGUGAAGAUCUUGUCAGAUUCUGAUAGAACUAUGCUAGAGAAAUUAGUCCCUGUAGCCAGCCACAAGAGGACGUUUAGAUCCAGGCUGAUGAGUUUAACCAGACUACAGACCCAGCACCAAGCCGACACGCAACUCAGUCCGGAGGCACGACUUUUUGUGGACGAUUUCUACACGUCACCCUCAAGACUUUUACUGAAACAUCUUGGAGACUGGAACUUUAACAUCUUCCGUCUGGACGUUCUUUCUGGAGGUCGUCCUCUGUUCCAGGUUGCCUACCACCUGUUCCAACAUUAUCAACUCAUUCAAAUCUUCCAACUGGAGGCACUACGCUUGAUGCAUUUCUUUUCCCUAAUAGAGAAAAAUUACCAUGAAGGAAACCCUUACCACAAUGCCAUCCACGCUGCUGAUGUAACUCAAUCUAUGCACUGCUAUCUACAGGAACCUAAGAUGUCUGUCGCCACAACUCACUUAGAAAAGAUGGCUGCCUUGGUAGCAGCCUUGACACAUGACCUUGAUCAUCCAGGGGUGAACAACACAUUUCUUAUAGUUACAUCCAAUCCCUUGGCAGCUUUGUACCAGAAUAAAUCAGUUUUAGAAAAUCAUCACUGGAGAUCAGCUGUUUGCUUGCUAAGAGAAACAGGAUUAUUAAAUCAUUUACCUGCUCAUCAAAGAGAACACUUUACCCUCUUAUUGAAAUCAUUGAUAUUAGCCACUGAUAUAACCAGGCAGCAAGAGUUUUUACUCAAGUUUAGUAGGUACAUUGAGAGUGGAGAGUUUCAAUAUAGUCGCAACGAUGAGCACAGACUUUUUAUGCUGCAGAUAGCUUUAAAAUGUGCAGAUAUAUCCAAUCCUUGCAGGCCAUGGGAACUAAGUCAAACAUGGAGCCGCAAGAUUUGUCAGGAAUUUUUUUUGCAAGGUGAUACAGAACGAGCAUUGAAUGUUGAAGUGACACCAUUAUGUGAUAGGAUAUGUAACACAGUACCCAACAUACAGUAUGGUUUUAUGCAACAUGUUGUGAAUCCUUUGUUCAAGGCUUGGGACAAAUUUCUCAACACUGAGCUCUCCGCCCAGAUGAUCCAAAACUUGAACUACAAUCAGGCCCAGUGGAAGGCAAUGAUGGAGAAAGACGAAGAUGCACAGGAGAAAGAGGACUCAGGGGAGAUGACUGACGAUGACCAGCUGACAUCUUCGCAGGUCGCUCAGCCCUUACCUGAGGUAGCCAGUCAGAUGGAGACAGACGAAGACUCCGAUGGGAAAAGUGAGGAAGCUGACAUAGUGAAAAAUGACGUCAACCUUCUUUACCACUAUCAGAACGAAGACAAAGACUCUGACAUCUACCUCUGCUCCUUAAGCUCAGGCUGUGAGCCGUCCACUUUGGGAGCACCUCGUAGGUACAGCUUCCCCCACGUUGUCUGCAAAGAUCUCAAUUACUAUUUAGGAAUAAGAAAAGAGGCCAGCAAUGAGGACAGCUCAUUUUUCCGUCGCCAGAGUCUUCCCACCACAGCUCUGUACAUACAUCCCAGCCUUUCAGCGGUUUCGAUAAACAUGAGCCCACGCAGUCUCUCCCUGGACACGCUGCUGGGCAAGUCCAAGGUCAUAAGUUUGAGCCCAAGCAUGGAGGCUGACGUCCACCAUAUUAUCUCCCUCCAACAGCCUGCCCUCAUGCUGCACAGUGGUGACUUGACUCGGUUCACAUCACGCAGGGCUAGCUAUGACCCCAUCCUAGUGGACCCUAGCAGAAAGAAUGGCCACCUGCCUUCUGACUAUCUCUUUACUCCAUUAAAACAUCAAAUGGUGCAACAGCACAGUGCGGCCAUCACGGGUCUAGCCUCCAGCUGGCCCAGUGUGUCCAGCCCACAGCCUGCUGACCUGGUUAGUGAAUUAAAUCAAUUAAACAUUGGUCCAGUUUCACAAGGACACCAGUAGUAAUGGCUUGUAUCACAGAUAUAGCUCAAAGCAUAGUGGCUGUAUUAAUCAUCAAAAGGCUGGACAGUGAAUAAGCCAUCAUACAUAAAGUAACAAGUCUGAUCUUGUCAAAUUGCUUUAUGGACUGUUAGCUAUUGAGCUUAGCCAGCAUGAAGGACACAAAGAUAACAGGACCAAUUUCAAAUGGAAAUAAUAUUACAAUGCAAUGCCAGCAACUCAGUGGCGCAGGGCAGAAGUGGCACUAAGAAAGAAGAAAUUCUUGUCAGAUACAAAACAUACUGAUACUGGGUGUAUAUAUUUAUAGAGAGAGAGUUAUUUCAAAUUCUUGUCAGAUACAAAACAUACUGAUACUGGGUGUAUAUAUUUAUAGAGAGUUAUUUCAAAUGCUACUAGUCAUAGUUGGCUUUAACAAAAUGCCCCCCAAAAAAAUAUAUUUUUGAGGGAUAGACAGACUUACUGCUUGCCUACCAACUUCUUUGUGCUAGACAUAAUGCCAACCAUCUCCUCUGCACUGGACAUAAUUUCCCUCAUUGCAAGAUUGUAUAUGGUGCUAGUUGGACUAGAAAAAACAAUUCAACUUAGGGCCUGUCAGUGGCAGUUGUAAUAUAUUUCUGUCUGUGAUACAAUGUCAAGUCUGCGACCUUGAUUUCUAUAUAAAACAGUUGUGUCUGUGCUUAAAGCCACCUUUAACCCUGCAUUUUAGCACAACAUUCUACAACAUAAAUACUCACUGUGAGAACAACCUGUCUCUGAAGAAAUCCAACGAGCACAGCCGAGCCGUGUAUAACUUGUGUUCCACCAGACUUCUGCUAACACUUCUAGUGACAUGGAUCUAUCGUGCCCAUGACUGUGAUCAGCCUUCUGUUCUCAGAUACUAAUGCUGAAUUUUCACUUGCCUUUUAAGCAGUCUUAUUUAAUGAUAGCAUUUAUGAGUCAGCUGUCUUGCCAUGCUAAAUGAUUUGCUCAAAUGUAAACUAACACUGAUCAGAAUGAAGUCUUGCGUUAUCUAGUUACAUUUCAGCCAGGGCCAGACACAUCUAUUUAAGUUUUAUGACUAAAGUCUGGUAUUAUUGAGUCCAAAACAAAUAUUACUAUCCUAGUUUGUUUUUUUUAUUUAAUGACCAGAGGUGAGUUGAUCAAGUGGUUGAGUGUUUAACCAAUGUUAAGUUUUUUUCUGAUAUGACAUUGACAUGUUGUUUUUUUUCUAGGCUUGUAUUGAAGAGAGUUUCUGACUUCAAUUAUUUUUAAAUGGCUAGUUAAUUGGCCACUAUUAUUACAAAAAGUGAAAUUAGAAGAAGAAUUAGAAGCUGUGCUGGCCCCACAUCUUUGCAAACCCCCAAUGACUAUGUAUUAAAAAAAAAGUAAAGUUCCCUUAUCAGACCUUGUGAUCUAUAGGCCAGAUGAUGUAAAUAGCAUCUUUUUCUGAGGCCCACUGUUAAUGAGACGUGUCAUGUGGCCAACACAAUGACCAACCACCUUUACUUUUUGCCAACUAAUGUCAGGUACCCAUUAGAGCUGGGUGGAUUCAGAGGCGCCCUAAAGAUCUCAAAAUUAAAAAUCACACUCUUCACCAGGAUUUGAACCAGGGACCUCCAGUUCAGAAGCCAAGCACUUUACCACACAUCUACCAUGCUUCUGACUAUGUAAAUUGUUGCUCAGAAAACUGUACAAGUAACUCUACCUUCCUAGUGUAUCUUUAGCUCUAGAAAGAACUUAAUUUGUUUUCAUUCAAUGGUAGAUUAAUAUAAAUGACUAACAUUUAUUAGUGAUCUCAAGUUGUAUUUAUUCAUCACUCAGAACUGACUCACAUGUAGUAGUCAACAAUCUUUGUUAUCUGACUCACACGUAUUCAACAAUCUUUGUUAUCUGACUCACACAUAGUCAACAAUCUUUGUUAUCUAGUUGUUAUGAUAGUGGAACUCAUCGUUCCAACUGCUCAAACAUUGUAUUUACUGACACUGUAGAGAUGCUGUAUUAACCACAGAAUGAUAUUCUCUUAGUGUGAACUGAGUUUUUAGAUUUGGUGUCAAUUGAAUUGUCGUUUUAAUUGUUGCAUCUGCUGUUUUAUUAUUUAGGGGUGGCACCUAUGAGCUUAACAAGCACAACAAAUUUAAACUAACUGGGAAAUGAAAUGUGAGGAGGGGGGUGAGGGAAAACAAAAACAGUUAAGAAAGCACAAAGUGUCCAGACUUGGAUGUUUUUAAUUACCUACCAUUUGUUUUACACUGAGAAUGUUGAGGGUUUUUUUUUUACUCAAAAAUAAUUGUUGUUCUUUGUUUAAAAAGUUGGUUAUAUCCCAAUGGAUAUACAACACACAAAUAUCUUACGGCUGAUCUAUUGGCCUAAUUAUAAAUGUUAACAUACUUUGGGAUUUUCGAUGUUUGAUAUUUGUUAGGUAUAUAGGUUUGCGUAUUUCAAUCUAGAGAUGUUUGUAACUCAGUAGCGUCUUAGUAUAAUCUAUACUUUGUUUUAUUUGUUCACUAGUUAAAUGUAAACAUAAUUGUUUCCAAGUAUAAUAUGAUAGAAUAAUAUAUUUUACAAUAUUAGUUUAAAUUAUAUAUAUAUUUAUAUAUAUUUUUCUAAAUUAUAUAAUUAUAUUGUUUUAGAAAUAUCUAAAUCUUCGACGUGUAUAGUUUUGAUCUAUGUUUCAUUGUGAUAUAAAAAUUGAAUCAUACUGAUGUAAAUAUAUCAGAUGAAAUAAUAUAUAUAUAUGUGGAAAAUACAUUGCAUAGAAAAUGUUGUCUAUAGUGUACAGGAUUCAAAAUUAACUUGUAUGUAUAUAUUUGAGUUUGCUUGGAACAACAAAUUUGUGAUAAGAAUGAAUGCAAAUUUUAAAAAUUAAAUAAAUUCCUCUAUGUAUGAGGUUUGUAAAGGACAUCAUUGGCUGACAUCAUUGACUGACAACAUUGACUGACAACAUUGACUGACAACAUUGACUGACAACAUUGACUGACAACAUUGACUGACAACAUUGGCUGACAUUAUUGACUGACAACAUUGACUGACAACAUUGACUGACAACAUUGGCUGACAUUAUUGACAGUUUGGGGUCAAUCAGUUUGAAUGCCUAGCCAGAAUUCAUGUGUAUUUAUGUGACAUAAAAAAGUAUCUAAUUUGCUGUAGGACUGCUUUAUUUACUAGUACAGUUAGUAAUACAUUUUAAUUUGCCUUUCAUCUGAAAGUCUGAAGGCCAGUGGUCAUCUAAGGAAGACCAACAUUUUCCACACUAGGUGGAUCUUUGCAUUCAGAUGACUGGCCUUUGUUUCUAGAUCUCUCCAUUUCUCCAUAACUCUUUCAAGCCUUCUACGCUGUGAGUUGAAUUGACACUGACCUAUAAAUUAUCCAUGUAAAUAGUAUUUUAAACUUAACCUCUUUUGACUGCAGUCUGGUUCCAUCUCCUACCUUAAUAAUAUAACACCAGAUUACAGGGUAGAUGUCAAUAGGUGAGGAGAUGUGGAGCCACUCCCUCCCUGUUGUGAUGGCACCGUGUUUCAUAAUGACCUCUUGUGUUUCAUAAUGACCUCUCGUUUGGGAUAAGGAGUUGGUUGGGGGGAUUCAAAUUGAGCGCUGAUUCCCCCCCCCCCUCAUUUUUUUACCACAGUCUUGUUAAAUAAUAAAAAAGGUCAGCUAUGCCAACAAUUAUCUGUUGUCUAGUUGCUUAUCUUUAUUCUUGGCGAGAAUGACAUCUACCUAGAUAAAUGCAGUCUCUCUAUAUAAUGUACAUAUAUUUACUGUUUCAUAAUGUCCAUACAUCAUGUUUCUAUGUUUCCCUUCCAUUGUGAUACCAGACCUAAAGCUCCGACUAUUUUGGCUCUGUUUUAGUUUUUUAUAUAAUGUCCAUCCUGCAUUCCUUGUAGACUAUCCUAGUGGGGGAACAUUUUAGGUACAAUAGAGUCCAACAAUUAUGGUUGUAGUUGUUCAUGAACUGAAAAUCGAUAUAGAUUUUAUCCACACUUGUAUUGAUGGUAUUUCAUGCAUUUAAUUCUAAAGAAGUCUUGAGAUUUAUGAACCAUAGACUGUGGUAGUUCUAGACUAGGCUCAUUAUGUCAGUGUGUGUUCAUAGUCAAGCAUAACAUUAUAUUGUAUAGAGUGACAACCCUUGGCUGUCAGGGGACGAUAACAAACACCAGGCUGUGAUUUGAUCUAGUAUUUAUUUAUUCACUUGAAAUCAUUGAAAAAUGUGUUUCACUAAUUUUGUGUGGAUUAUCUCAUCUUGUUCCUUUACUUAAAGCUACAUUUUUGUUUCAACUUUAAGUCCACAUCAAAAUAGUAGAACAUCUAGGCAUCGUUAUUCAAUCUUCUUUAGUUGAGAUGUUUGGCUGUUGUGGAAUCAGCUUCUGUCUGUUGUAAUGAUCCUAACCCUACCAGCUUUCAAACCUGGCCAGGGCUAGGACAUGCAUUUGAAACUUACAAUGACAGCAUAGUUAUAACUAAUGACAUUAUUAGAUUUCUCACAAGUAUUAUUCCAUUUAUUAGGAAACACAGAUAUCAAUAUCUAUUUCUUGUAUAAAUGUUUGGUUUUAGGAAGUCAGCAGCCACACCAUGGGAUGUUAUAUCUUGGACUCUGCAUAUGUCAAUCACAUCAAUGGUCAUUAAAUUCUGGGUGGCAAAAUCUUCUUCUUCUUCUUCAUCGUUCUCAUUGUUAUGUUGGAGUGUUCAUAUGACUAGACCAAUACAUGAGAUGAACUGCGCAGUGGUUUCCAAAUCAGGGAGCUCUCCAUAUAGUUUUCUUUCUAUUGGGGUGAUUUGGGGCCAAUGUCUUAUCCGGGCCUCUUGGUAGAGAGCAGUUUUGGAGGACGUGGUCGGCAUUCUCUGGUGAUACUCCACAUGGGCAGAUUUCACUGGUUCCAAUUUUGAGCUUCCGGAACAUGUGUUGUCGCAUUCUGUUGUGUCCGGUCCUGAGUGGAAAGAUUAGACGUUGGUCUUGUCGGGAUAGCUUAUAGUAAGCAUCAUCUUUCUUGUGAUUUGGAUGGGAGCUCGUCCAUUUCUCAUUUAUUUUAUCUACAAUUAAUUUCUUCAUUUCUUCUGGAUAGAGAGCAGAGUUUACUGGUGAGUUUGUUCUCCCACUCUUGGCGAGUGUGUCAGCCUUCUCAUUUCCUGCUAGUUGUAUGGCAAAAUGAUUAAGUGAAUAUAAUCUAGUCCUAACUAUUUUGUUAUUUAUUGAACAUCAAUGCAAGUAUUUACUGUGAGACUUGUAUACUUCCUACUGCUGUCUAGCUUAUUACAUAUUAUCAUUUCUCUUUAUUUCCUUGCCAUUUGGUUGUUGUGUAUAUAUUUUUUUUUAUAUUUGUGGAUUACUUUUCUUUUUUCUCAUUAAUUCAAUUUGUCUCCCUUGUAAGCUUUGAUCAAUUAUUAAAACAAUAAAACCUUUUUUAUACCAGGGACAUAAUAUCCCAUGCCACUAUUAGAAAUAUAUCUUGAUAUUAAAUUCAAUUUCUGCCAUCCAAGUUUGAUACACUAUAAACUAUGUACUAUGCUAUUCACUAACCUACUAGGAUGUAUCAACUAAGAGCAGUAACUUUAACUACUUUAAAUUUAUAUUGUUGGAAUGAAAAGGAACAAGCCUCUUAUCCAAUGUUACCAACUAACUGUAGUAAAUUUCUACCCAGGUAGAUACAUUCAUAUCUUGCUAGGGCUCCAACUUUCUGUGCUGACAUUCAUAUCUUGCUAGGGCUCCAACUUUCUGUGCUGACAUUCAUAUCUUGCUAGGGCUCCAACUUUCUGUGCUGACAUUCAUAUCUUGCUAGGGCUACAACUUUCUGUGCUGACAUUCAUAUCUUGCUAGGGCUCCAACUUUCUGUGCUGACAUUCAUAUCUUGCUAGGGCUCCAGCUUUCUGUGCUGACAUUCAUAUCUUGCUAGGGCUCCAACUUUCUGUGCUGACAUUCAUAUCUUGCUAGGGCUACAACUUUCUGUGCUGACAUUCAUAUCUUGCUAGGGCUACAACUUUCUGUGCUGACAAAGUUGUUAAUUGUGUAAUUGUUCAAAUGUAUCUCACUACUAGCUGAUGUCUUGUACAUGCAUAACACCUGAAUACUACCUCAUUAUGUUUUGAGUUCGCUUCCAUUUUGUUGUUUCCUUGGCUUCAUUUCCCAGACAUUGCCAGACAAAAUAGGUUCCAUUUCCCAGACAUCACCAGGUCACUUAGAUUCCAUUUCCCAGACAUCACCAGACCACAUAGAUUCCGUUUCCCAGACAUCAUCAGACCACAUAGGGUUCCAUUUCCCAGCCAUCACCAGACCACAUAGAUUCCAUUUCAAAGCCAUUACCAGGCCACAUAGAUUUCACUUCCCAGCCAUCACCAGGCCACAUAGAUUCCAUUUCCCAGCCAUCACCAGGCUUCAUAGAUUCCAUUUCCCAGCCAUCACCAGGCCACAUAGGUUCCAUUUCCCAGCCAUCACCAGGCCACAUAGAUUCCAUUUCCCAGCCAUCACCAGGCCACAUAGAUUCCAUUUCCCAGACAUCAUCAGACCACAUAGGGUUCCAUUUCCCAGCCAUCACAAGGCCACAUAGGUUCCAUUUCCCAGCCAUCACCAGGCCACAUAGGUUCAGAACUUUCAUUUUUUUCUUCAGUACUAGAGUGUACAUGUCAUUUCAACUACCAACUAUUUCCAUUGCUAGGGAACCUAGUUUUAACAUGCCACAGGGAAUAACUGCUGAGGAAAACAUUUUUCUAUUAUUUCAGCAAGCAGUGAAUUAUUCUCUAGUGAUGACUUCUGGUGUAAUCAAAUAUUUGUCACUGAAUUUAAGGAGAUGACUGGUAAAGACACAUUAUAGUGUCAGCUUCUCUGAAAUCUUGAAAAACAAGAGAGGUCUUUUUAUUCUGAAGAGGACAAGAGAAUGUAAUUACACUAUUGCGGUUUGAUCUAUUUCUAGUAAGUUAGCUUCUGUCUAACUCUACCAGUACUUGAAUAUAUUUUAACUAAUCAUAUUGUGCAUAAUUCAAUCAUUUUUUUGUGUGUGCUAAAAAAAAAAGUUCCAUUUCUUUCCUUGCUGACUAUUCUCUGAAGAGUUAAAAGAGUUCUGUGUUUAUAGCAGUGGACUAAAAGAGAUUACUUGAUGUCUAUCUAAUGCUGUUGAUUUCUUCUCCUGACUAUUGGAGGAAACAAACAGACAGAGCUGAAGUCAUUGCUGAUUAUUUAACCUUUUUUUUCAUUGCUGAUUAUUUGACCUUUUUUUUCAUUGCUGAUUAUUUGACCUUUUUUUUUGUUCAAUGCUUCUUCAUUUAGCUCCAUCCCACUAGACAAAUGGCUGCAGUCCAUUGGCUGAGAGCUGUGAAUGUGAUAUUUAUUCCUAACAAACAAUGAACAUUUUAAUGUAUUUAUUUUGAAUGUGUCCUAACAUUCUAACAGAAAUAGAAUGGACAAUAUUUAUGUAAACACUGGAGUGUGGAGCAGUGAGUGGCUUGAAUGAGAAGGAUGUUUACUGUAUUUGUCAAGUCAAGAAGAAUAUGUUCAUGAUAUUAAACUAUUUUAUUUUAUAUUAGUAUUUCCCUGCUGAGAAGUUCUGUCUAUUGUUUUUAGCUUCAUCCAUUGUUCAACCAACAAUUAGCAUCUCCUCGUGGAGACAUACUAGUAAUGGCCCAUCAUGAACAUCAUUGUAUUGAUGAAAUCACAGAGUUGGAGACUGUGUUGAUAGUGAGGUGUCUAACCAUCUAACUCUAACAGUUUGAUCUUAGAGACUGUGUGAAUGACUAGUAAAGUAGUGUGACAUAUAAUUUAUUCAUCUUGACCUCCUGUCAGCACAAACUAAUGAAACUGAUGAAAUAAAUAAAGUAUUUCAUUUAACAAA